AGGGUUUCAAAAUACUAAAAUCGCCGAUGGUGGCAGCUGCGAUCUGCCGGCGGCUCCGGCCGAGCAGACAUCGCUAUCUCCUUUCUCAAAGCCCUACAUCCUUCCGUGAAUUCUCCUCUUCGAAUUCUGACGAUAAUCAUGAAAAUGGAACUCCACCUUCACGAUCACAGUCUUCUUCUUCAAUGUCAUCUUAUUUCGAUGACGUGAAAGCUAGUUUGAGACAGACAGCGCAGCCUCCGUUACCGCCUCGAAGGCCGUCGUUAUUGGAUUCUACUCCUAGAGCUGGUGAUGCUCCAACUCGGAAGGUCGAUUCUCACGAAGAAAUCCGUAAACAUCUUUCCGAGUUCCGCCGCUCCCCUGUUAAACCACCGACAUCCUCUUCGCCAACUAUAUCGUUACAGGAGCUUUACAAACGGAAUGUACUGCAGCAAGCUGGCCCGGGGUCUAGCUCCGAAGACCGUUCCAACAUGGUGCCGUUUUCUCUGAAAACAAUUAGUCAGAGCUUAAAAAACCAGGCGACGAGUUCAUCGCAAUCGCAAAAACCUGAAGUUCCAGGUAAGAGGUCAGUUAUUGGCGAUGCUUUUAGACACAGUUUGAAACUGCGACCGCAGGAUUUGAAUCAGCAAGUGCCGGAGUCGAUUGGGAAGGAUAAGAAAGAUGUGCUGUCGGAUGAGAUGAAGACAGAAUUUGUGAGGAAUUAUAGCUACGGGGAUUUAGGGAAGAAUCUGAAGAACUUGAGGCCUGAGGUUAAAGGUGGUAAGAAAAUUGGGUUUUCCUUGGGAGAGUUGAACGAGAGGCUUAGGAAAUUGAGGGAACUUGACGAAGAGGAGAACAGGAAUCGCCAUGGCCUUUAUAUGAAGGAAUUGAGAGUGAGUCUUUACCAUCUUUCUCAAGAUGAGAAGAAGACCAAGCCGAAUGCAGCUCAGAGACUUAGCGUACUGGGUCAGAUUGUUGGGACUCCUAAUUUUAUGUUAUCGCCACCGAAGGAAAGCUUAGUUGAAAAGUACUUCCAUCCAGAUCACAUGUCAUCUUCCGAGAAACAGAAGCUUCAGCUUAAAGAAGUCAGGGACAAAUUUAAGAUGUCUGAAUCUGACUGUGGAUCCGCUCGUGUUCAAGUGGCACAACUCACUACAAAGAUCAAGCACCUUGCUACCAUUCUACACAAAAAGGAUAAACAUUCUCGAAAGGGUCUUCAAGCGAUGGUACAAAGGAGGAAGAAACUACUGAAGUAUCUUCGAAGAACCGACUGGGAUUCUUAUAGUUUUUGUCUUGCAGAACUUGGUCUUCGAGAUAGCGCAGAUUACAAGCUUUAAAUUCCGAGUUAACGUUUGCUUUUCACAUCAUAAGGAUUAUAAACAUCUUUCCAUUCAAGGGUUUGUACCCUGCUUUCUUGCAGCAGACUCCCAGUCAUGCACCAUAGAUUCUCUACCUAUAUUUUUCUUUGAGGUAGUGGCAAGAUAUACUAGGUUCGCUUGAUCUAUAUGGGAUAUACGGGUCCGUUUGAUUUAGUGAUUUAAUUCGUCUGUUCGUCCUUUUGAUCGGUGCUUUCUAAAAGCGCUAAUAAUCAGCCCUUAAAAACUGUCUUGUAUGGUUUUCUUGGUCUUUUAAGGAUGCAUCUGGUAUGCAGAUGGGAUUGGACGGACAAGAGUGAGGUAGGCUGGUGAAAGAAUCGUGGAAGGUUUUAGCGUUUUAUUUGAUAAGGACAGAUUAGUAAUUUACUAAUUUUGUCAAAUCCCCCAGAUUUUUGUUCCAUUUAUUUUGAUACGUUUUGCUCCACUCAGUCAUGACUUGUCCUAUUCUAGUUUUGCAAUAAACAUGGGACUCGGGGGGGGGGGGGGUUAAUCGUGUUGCUAUAGCCGUUGUACAACGUUUUGCGGUUCUUGAGAAAAUAACGGUGUUAUUUGCCAAACUUUUGAAUGCCAAAUAUCACACAUUGAAUCU